AUGGGUGCCGGACAGUCUGCACCCCGCGGUUCCAACUCUCCCGAUGUGGGGCGUAAGACCUGUUAUUAUGAGCUGCUCGGGGUAGAGCCGGAUGUCACCGACGAGGAGAUCCGGCGAGCGUACAAGAAGAAAGCUCUCGAACUACAUCCCGACCGCAACUUCAACGACACUGAGAACGCGACUAGACGGUUCGCUGAAGUCCAAACUGCGUAUGAGAUUCUAUCCGACCCCCAAGAACGUGCUUGGUACAAUUCUCACCGCGAUGCGAUUCUCAACGGCGAGAACGAUAUUGCUGGAACCGCGCCCACGGAUCCGUCCGGCGCAAGCCAUACUUCGGCCAACGCUAUCUUUGCCCUGAUGAGCCGCUUCAACUCGGGCGUGCCGAUGGAUGAUUCACCGAAGGGUUUCUUUGGUGUUCUCAAUGAACUUUUUGAUCAGCUAGCCGCAGAAGAAAUCGCUGCUUGUGACUGGACUGGGCUAGCGCCAACGGAGUAUCCGACAUUUGGUAAGGCCGACGAUAGCUACAAUGCGGUGGCGAAACAAUUCUACCAAGCGUGGGCAGGCUUUUCCACCAAAAAAUCGUUUAGCUGGAGGGACAAAUACCGUUUACAAGAUGCGCCCGACCGCCGAGUCCGACGCCUCAUGGAGAAGGAAAAUAAAAAGUUUCGGGAGGAAGGUAUCAGGGAGUUCAACGAUUCUGUGCAGUCCUUGAUUGCUUUUGUCAAGAAGCGGGACCCACGUUACGUGCCCAACACACAAUCCGAAUCAGAAAGGCAGCAAGUUCUCCGGGAUUCAGCGGCAGCUCAAGCCUCUCGAUCCAGGGCAGCAAACCAGGAGAAGCUCGCUGAGUAUGUUGUGCCAGACUGGGUGCAGUCACGGGAUGAUGCAGAGGACAACGAUGAGUUCUCUAUGUCGGAAGAAGAGGAAGAGGUGGAAGAAAUCCAGUGUGUCGUGUGCAACAAGACAUUCAAGAGCGAGAAACAGUUCGAAGCGCACGAGAAAAGCAAGAAACACAACAAAGCUGUACAGCAGUUACAACGGCAGAUGAGAAAAGAGAACCAAAAUCUAGACCUCGGUGGCGCAAGCCCGAACUUCCCGUCGCCCUCAACUCGAGCUGAAGACAGCGAAGACGGCGAGGACGGCGGGGAGGGGGGUGGCGGCGAUAAAUUACCCAACGACGAUGCCACCCGCGAGACACGUCUGGCCGAAAAGGAUGUAGUGGCCGACUCGUCCGGCCACCCACGAACGGGAAGCUCGGACUCCCUAUCUCACUCAGAUACAGAAGAAAACGACGAAUAUGCACCAAGAUCGGCUGUUGAGGCACGUAUCAUGGACGGGGGCGCCAGGGAUAUGGGUGGUGCGAACGCCGGCAAUAUCCCAGAUGUUGUGGACUCAUUAACUCCAGCCCUUGACGGGUUGAACCUCGAUGGCAGAGAAGUUGAAACGAAGAAGAUGGGCAAAGCAAAGCUAAAACGAGAAAAGAAAGCUGCCCAACGGGCCGCUGAAGCCGAUGUAUUGAAUGCUGAAACCUUCCCGUCCCGAUCUAGAUUAUUUGAUCACAUCCGGGAUUUCAGCCAUGCUGCACCCGUCCCUCUGCCCAGCGCAAAGGCAGUGAAGGGGAAGAAGCGGCGCUGA